AUGGAGUACACGCGUCUUUGGAAAGUACGCACCCUACAACGCCACAGCGACGGACAAGAGCCCUCCCGCCAGCUGGACCCCAUGCAGUCUGUCAAGGCCCGGCCUGCUGCCCCUCGGGCCUGUGCCGCCGCGCCGCGGGCCCGCGCCGUCGCCCCGCCCCCCGCCCCCCGAUUGGCCGCGCCUCGGCCCGGCAUCCACUUCCGGGCAUCCACUUCCGGGGCGACGCCCGGCCCCGCCCCCGCGCGUCCGCUUCCGGGGGAGCGCCCUGGCAACGGUCGCCCUGGCAACGGGAGACGCGCCGGGCGGGCAGCGCGCAGCGCCGCGGAGCUGGCGGCCCCCGGGGAGCGGCUGAGCAGCGCCCGCGUGUCCCAGGCCUCCCUGCGGACUGCUGAAGAAGUAUCUAAGAUAAACUUUAUUUUUCCAAAUGGAGACAAGUACGAUGGUGAGUGUACAAGAACGUCAGCUGGAAUUGUUGAGAGAAACGGAAUAGGUACUCAUAGCACCCCGAACGGGAUCGUCUACACUGGAAGCUGGAAAGAUGACAAGAUGAAUGGCUUUGGAAGAUUACAACAUUUUUCAGGUGCAGUAUACGAAGGACAGUUUAAAGACAAUAUGUUUCAUGGAGUGGGGACUUACACAUUUCCAACAGGGGCAAAGUACACUGGAAAUUUCAAUGAAAAUAGGGUGGCUGGCGAGGGGCAGUACACCGACAUCCACGGGCUGGAGUGGUUCGGCAGCUUCCACUUCACCUCUGCUCCAGGCCUGAGACUCAAGAUCCUCAUGUAACGCCUCCCAGAAUUCGAACUCAUCCAAGCGCUCCAA